AUGGCCGAGGAGGAGGAGCAGCAGCGGCUGUACCUCGAGCAGCUCGAGGCCACGCGGCGAGCCGCCGCCCAGCGGCUCAUGGCGGAGGACUCCGCUUACGUGGAGUGGCUCGGGCAGCAGGCCCUGCGCUCCCUCGAGCAGGACGCCACCGCCCGCCGGCAGGCGGGGGCGCAGGCAGCGGCCGCGCGCCGUGCCGAGGAGGCGGCGAGGCGGGCGCGCGAGGCGGAGCAGGUGCGGGCCUCGGAGCUCCGCGAGCAGAGCCUGCGCCUGGCGGUGGAGGCGCAGCGCCAGCGCGAGGAGGCGGAGCACCAGCUCGAGGAGGAGAGGCGGGCCGCGCUCCGGGCGCAGGUGGAGCGCGAGCGCGAGCAGGAGGCCGUGGCCUCCUUUCUGCGCGCCGAGGGCUUCGACGGCGUCUGCUCGGGGCGCAGAAGGACAGAUGCUGACCACCAACUACCCCCUGCACAGAGCGGCGGAGCUUGGAGACGCCGACCUCGUGGAAAUGCUGCUAGAGGAGACGGCCGCAAACUUGAAACAACACCCCCCCGCACUGAUGCGCAACUUCGCCGGCCGGCCGGUCGCGAAGGUCGCCCGCGCAAAGAACAGGGACGACUCCCACGCCCGGGUGCUGCAGGUGCUGGGCGGCGCCGGGGGCGAUCUCGCGGGCGCGGGCGGCGACGAUGCCCUGAAGGGCGACGCCGACGACCCCGCGUGCAGGUCGGAGGAGGCGGCCGCGCCGCCGCCCCCGAGCGCCACCGCGCAGGCCGAGCCGCUCAAGGCGCGGCCCCUGGCGUCGGGCAGGCUGCAGGCGGCGCGCGGGCUGUGCCGGCCGAGCCGCCGCGUGCCGGUCGGCGGCCAGUAGGCGCCGCGCGCGGCCGGGCCGCCCCCGAGCUGCGCGGCCGCAGCACGAGGGCGCCCCACAGCGGAGUGGCUCGG